AAAAUCUCUACGCGGUUCGAGAAGGAGGAUCGCGAAAAGUCUUGAGAAUCACUGCUGGAAACGAAUCGUUUGGACGCUUCAUUCCCCUAUCUCUCUCUCUCUCUCUCUCGCCUCUCUUGUCAGUCUUCUCUUUCUAUUUUUAUUUACUGUUUAUGAGAAGAAGUUUAAUUUCCUUUGUUUUUUUUAAAAAAAUUAAUUAAUAAUUUUGAAUUUAGUUUGGCUUCGAGUUUUCUCUUCCUUUCAUUAUUUGGAAUUUUUGAAAGUAAUUAUCUUUCUUUCUUUUUUUUUUUUUUCCUAAUCAAAAGUGGAACUUAAUGGUGAUGGUGGUGUUCAACGAGUAACGACUUGUCAGAAUGGUCUGAGUUUUUUUCCAACUAAUAACAGAAAUAUAAAAACUUCCUGUUUUGGCAAAGAAAUUUUGCGGGUCUGACAAGUGUUCGGUUUUGGGUAUCCGAUUAUUUGGGUUGGUGUGCGUUUAUAUUGCCUUCGCCUUGGCUACAGGGAUUUUCUUCUCUUUUCUUUUUUUUUGUUUUUUUUUGGUAUUUUUUUUACUGGAUUUUGUUUUUCCAUUUUCUUCGGAAAUUUUUUAUCUUCUUCGGAUAUCUAGCCCUGAUUACUGAAUAACCAGGAAAUUUCCAUUUUCAAUAACGGUCUUUUUUUUCUUUUUCUUUUUUCGUUUUUUCUACAUCUUCUUCUUUGGUUGAAUUUCAAAACCCCUUCAGGUUGUUGGAAUUCAAAGGGUUUUAAUUGAAUUCUUUUUGAAUUUGAAGCUGUCGGGGAAAUGGAAAUUUAGGUUGUAGAGAUCGAAUUUUGCAGCGUUGAUUUGAAAUUAUGAUAUUUAUUGGGAUUUAGAGGAUGCCAAUGGGGAUUCCGAGAAGUGGUUGAUGUUUCAAUUGUGGGUUUUUUCUUAAUUUGGGGGUGUUUAGGUUUGUGAUUUAGGGAUUUUGGAAUUAGGAUGGAUGAAGCUCAGGGCAGCUCCAAUUCGCUGCCUCCUUUCCUUACAAAGACGUAUGAGAUGGUAGAUGAUCCUUCAACUGAUUCCGUUGUGUCAUGGAGUUCCGGUAAUAAAAGCUUUAUUGUGUGGAAUCCACCUGAGUUUGCCAGGGAUUUGUUGCCCAGAUUCUUUAAGCACAAUAACUUCUCGAGCUUCAUCAGGCAGCUCAAUACAUAUGGCUUCAGAAAAAUUGAUCCUGAACAAUGGGAAUUUGCAAACGAUGACUUCAUUCGAGGUCAGCCGCACCUUAUGAAGAAUAUUCACAGGCGAAAGCCAGUUCACAGCCAUUCUUUGCCGAAUUCUCAAGGACAGGGAAUUUCUCCAUUAACAGAAUCAGAAAGAGAGAGUUUGAAGGAUGAUAUUGACAGGCUUAAACAUGAUAAAGAGAAUCUUGUUUUGGAGUUACAGAGGAAUGAACAAGAGUGGAAGUCAUUGGAGUCACAAAUGGAGGUCUUGAAGGAGAGCUUGCAAAAUAUGAAUAGGAGACAGCAAAGCAUUGUGUCUUUCAUGACUCGAAUCUUACAGAAACGGGGACUUCCCUUAAGUCUUGUACCGCAAUUGGAAACCAAUGAUAGAAAGAGAAGGUUGCCAAGAAUCGGUUACUUCUGUGAUGAAGCCAGCAUUGAAGAUAACCAGAUGGCGGGUUCACAAUCUAUACCUCAAGAAAACAUGGAUGCCCUUUCCGUGAUGACUUCAAAUAUAGACCAGUUAGACCAGUUGGAGGCAUCCUUGACACUUUGGGAGAAUAUGGUUCAAGAUGUAACUGAUACUUGCAAUCAAAUUAGUUCAAACGUGGAGUUGGAUGCAUCUACUGAUUGUGCUGAAAGCCCAGGUAUCUCCUGUGCGCAACUGAAUGUUGACAUUCGACCUAAAUCCCCUGGAAUUGAUAUGAACUCCGAGCCUGCUGUAGCCAUAGUUCCUGAGGUAGCCGCCUCAAAAGAGCAAAUUUCAAAAGAGCAUGUAGUUGGGACCGCUACUGCUGCGCCUGCUCAAACAGGGGUUAAUGAUGUGUUUUGGGAACAAUUCUUGACAGAGAAUCCUGGUGCGUCUGAUGCACAGGAAGUUCAGUCAGAAAGAAAGGAUACUGGUGGCAGAAGGAAUGAAAGCAAACCUGUUGAUCAUGGUAAAUUUUGGUGGGGCAUGAGGAAUGUAAAUAACCUUACAGAACAGAUAGGGCAUCUUACUCCAGCAGAAAAAACGUGAUCUUUGAUUGUUCAGCUUUUUUAUGCCCCAAUACCUCACUUUGUAAUAAGUUUAGGUAUGAAUGGCUUGUUGUCGCUAUAAAAUAGAUAUUUUGUGUUUUGAGUUCGUUAUUAUAUAUAUAUUUUUUUCCCUCU